CGUUAUCCUCUUGACUUCCGUUCCCGACGAAAUGCUCCGGCGUUGGCCAUGAGAAGUGUUGCUUUGUCAAAUGCUUCCUCUUUCUGUAGGAUUACAGCAAUGAGAAAGAGCAACAAGUCCCACUCCCAUCUUUCUAAUAAAGAUCCUGAACCAAACCCUCCAAGAAUUAAAUCAAAUGUCAAGCAAAAUUUGCAGUUUUUGAGGUUGUGGAAGGAAUUUCAGAGGAGCAAAUCUACUUCUCCUAAGCCUGCCACUAGUUACCGCAGGAAGAAGCCACAAAAGGAGCAACUUCCACAAGAUAUUAUAGACCUCCGUCGUGAUCCUACCACAACUCUUUACUAGUAAUACACUUUCCAGGUUUCU